AUGGGCCAGUCUGAAUCCCAAAGUGAAGAUGAAGAGGUGGAUGUCUCAGCCAUACAAACUCUCUACAAAAGCUUUAUUAUGGAAUGUCCCAGUGGCUCUUUGUAUUUGCACGAAUUCAAGAAAAUAUUUGGAAUAAAAAAUGACGACACUCCAGAAUCUUUAUACAUGGAUAAUUUGUUUCGGUCAUUCGACAUGAACGGAGACGAGACAAUGGACUUCAUUGAAUAUGUAGCUGCCCUACAUCUUGUUCUACGUGGAAAACUAGAGGAUAAACUCCGAUGGUCAUUUAAAGUGUUUGACAGUGACGAAAACGGACGUCUAGACAGACAGGAGUUAAAGCAGAUCAUAAAGAUUAUUAAUAGGAUGAAGCAGGGGAAAAUGGUCGAUGAAUCAGGCAAUCACCUCACUGUCGAACAAAUAUGUGACCGACUGUUUAAUGCCAUAGACAAAAACGGUGACGACCAUAUUUCCCUUGAGGAGUUUCUGGAGGGAGCCCAAAGUGACCCAUGGGUGCGAAAUUGCCUUAGGUUGGAUGUGAACCCCUGUGCUUGGGUGAACAAGCAUCAGGAACAGAUCACAGGAUACAAAAAGCCAUUGCCUUCGUCUAAAGAUACCAAACUACGAUGACCAAUGGAUGUGCUGUGUGUUCCAAGAUAAAGGAAAUAUGACUUUGUGAACAGACAAUACAUCAUUUUAUUCCUAAGGGAAUAACUCCUAACAUUUUACAUUUGAAGGCCAUGAGCAUGCCUUAUUAAGGACCUACCCUGUCUUCAAAACCCCACAGAAUUUCAGAUGAACUGAAUGCAAUGGACUCAUACAAUGGACACUCAUUCCUAAUCAUAAAAAACACAUCAGUGAACAGGUACUUAUGCACUCUUAAAAGGAAUGUGUUGUCCCUAUCUGGACACACAGAGAUGUGUUAAAAAAAACAAUGCAAGUUAUGUUGUUUUCAAUGCAAGUUGUGUAAUUUCAACACAUAUUAGUAAACAACAGAAGUUGUGUUGUUUUCAACACAUUUGUUUUAAGAGUGUAUGUCUGCUUUGAAAGUAUGUAUUUUCUAUGGAUUUCAUCAGUGCCACAAGAAAGUUUCAUUGGUGCUUGAGAUUGUUUGGUUUUAUCAUAUG